GCUACGUGCCUUCCCCUCUCUUCCCUGGGGUGUCGGAGGUUGACUGCGUGGUGGACUUCGUGCAGGCCGCGGGCGCUAUGGCGGCGCCGCCGCGCGCUGUUGGCGAGUGCUCCGACUCCGACAGCGUGGUCCUCGACGGCGAGGCCGACGUGGCCACCGCUUGCUCGGUUGGGGAGCAGCCAGCCGCCGAACCUGCUGAACAUGUUGCUGCCGCCGCCGCCGCGUACCUCGACGCCUUCCCGCAGGCCCUCUUCCGUGGGGGCGGCGGCGCCAGGGCUCGUGGCGAGGUCGCGGCUCGUGAUUGGUGGCGUGCGAGGGCGGCCGUUGCCCGCGCUUGGCUCACAGCGGAUGCCGCGACGGUGCAGGCGCCCUCGGAUGAAGGAGCGAGCGUUGGAGGUACUGCAGGCGGGGCGCCGCUGCCUCCAGGCUUGGAUUGGAGGAGUGGUUGGAGCAGCGUGGUUAGUGCUCCUGGUGAGACGUCAUCUCCCUGCGUGUUCGGAAUGCCUUCUGAGUGAUGGUUCGCCUUGCACGUCUGUUCCCCAUUGGAUGUGGGGGGCUGUGGUUGUUCAGUGGGUUAUGUCUCCUGCAUUUGAAUGUGCACGUGGUGUAUUUGCAAUGCAG